AUGAACGGAAUAACUAUUCGCUGUGUUCAUGAUGAAAUUGCAUCUCCAAUAGCAAUUGGAAUUGAAACAGCACCUCCUACUUGUGAUAAUUCUUUAAUGGAUUGUUCACAAGCAAGUACUUCAACACUUCUUGCUGACUUUGAAGUAAGAGAAAUAUUUAAAAACAAAAAUUUUACAACAGAAAUUGAUGAAGAAAAAGAACAAGAUCUUAUGUAUAUAGGGAGAUCAGCAAAUCCAGUGAUUAAUGAUGAAACUUUCUUUAACAGUCACUUCUGA